UCAAUCAGAAUCAGAGCAAUGUUAUUUAAAAUUAAGCAAAACUGUACAUUUAAAAAAAACUGUAUGGGCUUUAUAAAUAGAUCAUCACCAAAACAUUUAUGCAAAGAAAAAAUGAGUGUAUAAUGUCCCUUUAACUACUAGAAAGGGCUGCAAUGCAUUGCGAUCCAGACUGGCACAAUCAGCUGUCAGAGAGAAUGCAGGCCUAUGUGAGACAUCAUUACAGACUGGCAGACAAAGGGUUAAAGUACAAGGCCGUUGCUGGAGUAACGGUGACAAGAAAUGAAAGCUGCAGCCUAUCUUGCUUUCAUAAUACAGAUUAGUUCAUGUUCACAGCAGCCGUGCUGUUUUCACACUUGUUUUUGCUUCCUCAUCUGCUUCAAUGAGGAAGUUACAGAGUAAGCCAGCAAUUCUCAGCUCCAGCCCUCGGUGUAAGGGAGAGGGUGACAGUGACACUGUGUGAGCCAGCGACGGAGCCAAACAGAAUCUCACAAGGUAAAGUGCCUGUAUGACGGUGACACUGUAUGAGACGGCGACAGAGCCAAACAGAACCUCACAAGGGAGUGAACAGUUCCGGUCUGACCGGCGAAGUGAUUGCUUCCACUAAAGAGUACCCCCUGUGGACAGGCCGACUCCGACGCUGGAUUACCUUGGCAGCAAUACCGGGAGCUAACGGACAGCUGGGUUUUUGGAAGUAGCUGCAAAGAAAUGAAGAUCUGAAGCUCUGUUGAUUAUCAAUAAUGUCAGAAGGGUCAUCUCUUCCCAUUUCUGAGUGGCUUAGAACUCUUAAACUGGAACAGUACAAUGAAGUAUUUCAGAAGAAUAAUUUUUAUACAGCAUUUGAUUUACGGGCCAUCAAUGAUGAAGAACUAAACAAAAUAGGUGUAGUGCUGCCUGGGCAUCGGAAGCGUAUACUUGCAUCUCUGCAGAAAUCCACUUCCAUUGAUUGUUUCAUGGAAGACAAUGGGGUAAAGCCUGUGCCUAUGAAGCGUAAUAUCUUUCGGGGGACUUUAUCUUCUCCUGAGCAAGAAAUGCCACCUCAAAUACAGAAUACUUUAAAACCUACUGAAUCUUGUGGCCAUGGAGAAACUCCACUUGUCCGACCACCAAUUCCGCCAAGAAAGGGGACUGUUCCACCUAUAAAGUUUUCCUUCACCCCUCAGCCUGCUUCAACACAACUCAACUUAGCUGCCUUAGAUGAACCUUUUUGUACUAUUGCUGCUGAUCCACAAAAAAGUCCAGCUCAGAACUCUCUACCAGUACACACUAUUAUUCAAAAUGAUGAAGGCACAGAGGAGGCACCAAGGUUAUCGGCUCCUCCUUUGCCAGCAAAACGUCAUAAAGUAGAAAGCAGAAGUCCUCCAGCCAUACCUGUCCGUGUGCCUGCAGUUCCACCAAGAAUCAUGAGCUCUAUGCCAAAGAGUCCUUCAGCAGAAGAGGAACCAGAACUUUCCGAAGAGAUUUCAAAAUGUUCUUCAGUGCCUUUGCCCAAGCCUCUGCCACGGAUACCACCGAGAGAGCUGCCUCCUAAACCAAUCCCAUCACCCAGAGACAUUUUUGUUCAGGAAAAACCAGAUGAGAUGGAGCGAAAUGGAAACUUGUAUGAGCUGAGUGGGGAGAUGGAUGGAGUCAUCCUCACAAAAUUUCGUAGCAUAAAACUACCUAGUUUCGCCAGCGACGAUGACUUGAUAGAGAAUGGGUCAGAUGACAAUGAUAUUGGCUCCUCCAACAAUCGUAGUGAGAGCCCUCUCAGCACGUGGAGGUCCAUCAGCUCACUUUCCUCUGGAAUUUCCAGCUCUCCUAGCUACACGGGGACCAUGGAAGAGUCAGAUGCAACGUCUCCACAAUCGCCAGUCAUCAAAGCUGGUUGGCUGGACAAAAAUCCACCGCAAGGAUCCUACAUUUAUCAGAAGCGUUGGGUGAAGUUGGAUCUAGAUUACCUCAGAUACUAUGACAACGACAAGGAUAUGUACUCUAAACGGUUCAUCAAGACCAGCUCAAUAUUGCGAGCUAAUCCCAACGGGGACCAGAAAUUUGAGGUCACAACCUCAAACCGAACGUUUGUUUUCCGGGCAGAGAGUGACGCGGAGCGCAAUGACUGGGUAAAGGCUUUCCAGCAGGUCUUAGAUGAGAAGAGAUUCCGACUCUCUACCCUCCUUCCAGUGUCAUCCAAUGCAGACACCAUAGACAAGUGCGGCUUCUUGGAAAUGAAGGGUUGUAAGCCCAAGUUAUAUGUGUUAGUGGCUGCAGAGAGGGUCUACCUGUAUAAGAACGCAGAGGACUAUCUGUCAGGAGUCGGCAUAACGGCCAUUGAUAUGAACCUUGGGAAUGUUAAGGACUCUGACAAGAAAAGCUUUGACCUGACUACACCGUACAGGACCUUCAGCUUUUCAGCAGAGAGCGAGGCUGAGAAAGCGGAGUGGGUGGAGGCCAUGCUGCAGUCCGUCUCUGAAGCUCUGUCUAACUUAGAAGUAGCUAAGAAGAUCUGGUCAGUGGAAGAGAACCAGCGGUGCGCGGACUGUGAUGCUCUCAAACCAGACUGGGCUUCCAUAAAUCUGUGCGUGGUCAUCUGCAAGAGAUGCGCAGGGGAGCACCGGAGCUUAGGACCCAGUAUCAGUAAAGUGCGGAGCCUGAAGAUGGAUAACAAGGUCUGGACGGAGGAGCUAAUACAGCUGUUCCAGAAAAUCGGCAAUGAGGUCAGUAACAAGUUUUGGGCUGCAAAUGUUCCUCCGAGUGAGGCCAUCGAUAUGACGAGCGGCACACAGGAGAGGAAGAGGUUUAUCGUAGCCAAAUACCGGGAGGGAAAGUACAGGCGGUAUCACCAGCUCUUCGGAAACCAGGUGGAACUCAACAAGGCCCUGUGCGCCACUGUGACAACCAGUGAUCUGACGGAGACACAGGCGUUGGUUUUCUGUGGGGCAAAUGUGAGCUGUAACUCGGAGGAUCCCUUCUACCCACAUCCUUACGAGUUGGCACAACAGGCUGGGCAGAAGCUGCAGAUGGAAUUCCUACUUCAGAACAGGACCUCAGAGAUUCCACGUUUGGACUUUGGAAACAAUAUGGAGAGACAAUAUUAUGUUACGCGGCCUUCAGUGACACACAAUGGCUUCCUAUACAAGACCUCGUCUAUGACCAAGCCCGUCAAUGAGAGGAAGUCUAGGGAAGAGUUCAGCCGCAGAUGGUGUGUGCUCAACGAUGACAUUCUGAGCUACUAUGAGAACAACCACAGCUCGACACCCAACGGGGAGAUUAAAAUAGAUGAGAUUGUUUGUAUCGCUAUCAACCCUCCAGAUACACAUGGGUUCGAGAGCACAUUUGAGAUUUACACCCAGUCUGAGAGACUCUAUCUGUUUGGUGUAGAUAACGCUGAGGAAGCCAGGGAGUGGGUGAAGUCGAUCACCAAGUGCUUUCUGCCCCUGAAGGCUGAGGAGCUUCUCAAUCACGACUUUGAGCGUAUUGGAAGGCUGCAGUACAAGGGCGGGCGCAGCCUGGAGCGUGCAAUGAUUGGCUGGUUCUCUCUCUGCAGGAACAGGCUGUUCAUGUACUUUGAGGACAGCGACACAGUGGAGGUCGUGCACCUGAAGAAGCUUUCUGAGCUCUCUCUGCGAGAUAAGGACGUGCUUGUACUGGUAGAAAAAGGGAGGAUAACGUACAUCCUGGGGGAGAGGAAGCUGGACUUUUCUGGCUGGGUGAGCGCUAUCCAGAAGGCGGGCAGCACAUCAGGGGACACGCUAUCUGGGCAACAGCUGAUGGAGUCGGACGUUCCAGUUCUCGUUCAUAAAUGCAUCGAUCACAUUUCACAAUUUGGUGUUGGCUCCGAGGGGAUUUACAGGAAGAGUGGUCAGAACUCUAAAACUACAAGUCUUUUAGAAGCCCUAAAGAAGGACGCCCGCAGCGUUGUCCUUAAAGAAGAAGAGCACCAAGUGGACAACGUUUCUAAUACCUUAAAGAGAUUCUUCAGGGACUUGGGGGAGGGAAUCUUCGCAGAGAACUACCAAGACUGGCUCAGUGUGACAGCCAAGGAGGAUGAGUCAGUGAGAAUCCGCCUGUACCAGGACCUUCUACAAAAGCUUCCCGCUGUUAAUAGAGCCACUUUAAAAGCACUAAUGACCCACUUGUACUGUGUCCAGCAUUUUUCAGACGUCAACCAAAUGAAUGUCCAUAAUCUGGCUAUUGUGUUCGGACCCACACUCUUUCAGACAGAUGGCCAGAACUACAAGCCGGGGCAUGUAGUCGAAGACCUCAUCAGUUUCUACUUGCCUAUAUUUAAGGUUGAACAGGCAGAAAUUCAGAAGCAAAUCAAUAUCAUCAGCGCCAUAAUGAAAAUCCGUGCUGAGAACACAAGUGCCAAACCUGGGAAUAAACAUUUUAUUUGCACGGUUUACCUGGGAGAAAAGAAGACGGAGACGGAGCAGAUUGUACAGAUCCCGGUCACCAUGACUGCACAGGAGUUGAGCGAGACGAUCUUAGAAAGAAGGAACAUCCGAGUCAGAGACCAGGAUUACUGGAGCUGCUUUGAAGUUCUAGAAGUGGAUGAUAGCGAGGUGCUAGAGCGGCCGUUACACUUCUCUGAAAAGGUGCUGCCCAUCUAUCACUCUCAGAAAACCAGCAGCCACAUGAUUGUAAAGAAAAAUGUACAUAUGGAUCAAAUGCUGCAGUACAUACGAAAUCAAACAGGAGAUUCUAAACAUGGGAUGAUGAAAUUCCGUGAGGAGAAGACUUUGUUGAGUUUUGGUUCUAACUUCAGUGACCGGUACUUCAUGCUGAACAGCACCACGCUACGCAUGUACAAAGACGUAAGGAGCCACAAGCCAGAGAAGGAAUGGCCCAUUAAAAACCUGAAGAUUUAUCUGGGAAUCAAAAAGAAAAUACGUCCACAGACAAACUGGGGAUUUACAGUUAUGUCUGAGAAUGAAAAGCACGAGCGGAGCCAAUGGUAUCUUUGUUGUGAAACCCUGGCUGAGAUGAGGGAGUGGUUUGCUGCAUUCAUAUCUGUGCAGCACGGUAGUCUGUGGCCAGAGGAAACAUCAAUCAUGCGUGCACCACGGUCCGUGCCAGACUCAAGAAUGGGUAAUCUGUCCCUUAUCCCAAUACGAGGCAGCGAGCAUGAUAUGAGGAGAAGUGUGGCUGCAUUUACAACAGAUCCACUCACGCUUCUUGGGAAUGUAUGAAAUCAACAGGGCGACAUGCAAGGUCUAGUGUAUUUGGUCCUAAUAUGCAUCUGGUUGAUGGACUGUACAGUGCUUGUAAAUUGCACUCGGACUCUCAAAUUAGCUUGCAUGAUGGUUCAAUUUGUACAGAACUUUCAGAGUGUCACAUGCAUCAUAGCAAUGUGUAAUAAUAAAUUAGACCACGGAACUCAUGGGGUGCCUGAUAUUCUGCAGUGCCUGGACUCAUAGGGUGCCUGGACUCAUAGGGUAACUGAACUUAUUGGGUAUCUCAACCUAUGGAGUAUCUAAACCUAUGGGAUAUCUCAACCUAUGGGAUUUCUGAACUCAUUGAGUGCCUGAAAUCAUGCAGUGCCUGGACUCAUAGGGUGCCUGGAAUAUAAUUGAUGUUUAUAACAACUCUUCAGCUUUCUUGAAGAAGAUACAAUGUAAAUAUAAAACCUUUUAAUCUUAUGCCUCGGACAUUUCAUGGAAUAGGAGAUAGCCCUGGUUUCUUUAUUGAUGUUGGAACGAAAAGGACUAGAAUUAACUUGAAGAAGACGGAGAAAAGACUUCAGGAUAUUUUCUUCUUUCGCAGACAACUUGCAAUUUGUAUCCACUAACCAAAAGGAGGAGAAAUGUUCUCUUGUAAAAUUUCAACCUGUAAUAUUUCCAGUCUGGAGAGAAUAAUAAUGUUUCAUUAAAUAUUCCUGGCUAUUCACGGUA